GCAACCACUUACAACUCGGGUCAAGGGAUAGUGUUCUUGAUAUCAACCUGACCCACCCUAUCCGAACGACCUAGCUUGCCAUGUCAUGUCGUACUUCGCAAACGCUAAAACCCCCAAGUCGAUUGUCCAUAUCUCCAGUAUCGUAGGUCAGGAUCCAGCCCCUGUGACUCCAAUAUAUUGCGCAACCCAAGCACGCGAUCAGCGGCUUCGUCAGAUCCCUAGCAAUCUCAGAUGGAGUUGGCAUCCGUGUAAGUGUUGUUGCCCCCGGGUACAUAAAAACAGGACAGAGCAUCCCGAGAAGAUGAAACUCCUUGAGGAAAACGAAAGACGUGUGGGUUACCCCGGAAGAGGUUGCGGAGGCGAUGCUUGCUCUCGCAGAACGGGAUGAGGCAAAUGAGAUGACGUUCAGCGACUCGAAGGAGGCGGGGUGCAGUCCGGAUCUUGGAGGAAAGCACGUAUUUGAUGUAUAUAUUUCUUUUCCCUUCAAUAGCAACAAACCUAACUUAUGCUGUGAGACUGACACUGCUAGAUGUGUUAGUUUCCAAGGAAUAGGAUUGGGAUCGUAGUUACAUCAUAGCCUUAUUAAUCGACGAAUUUGGUUUCCCGCGCGCAUAUCUGGGAAGCGUUAC